GCUCCGCUCCGCUCCGCUCCGCCCGCGCUGCCCUGCCCUGCCCAGCCCGGGACAUCUCAGCCCUGCCCAGCCCGGGACACCCCAGCUCUGCGCGCUCCUGCAUGCGGGAGCAGAGAGGGAGCCGCGCCGCCCCGCUCCGCCAGCAUGUCCGCCCGCUGCUGCGCCGGCCAGUUGGCCUGCUGCUGUGGUACUGCUGCUUGUUCCUUGUGCUGCAAAUGCUGCCCCAAGAUAAAACAGUCAACCAGCACCCGCUUCAUGUAUGCGCUUUACUUCAUCCUGGUGACCAUCAUCUGCUGUGUCAUGAUGUCAACAACAGUAGCUAACGAAAUGAAAACUCAUAUUCCUUUCUACAAGGAGAUGUGCAAGGGUAUUCAGGCGGGAGAGAUGUGUGAGAAGUUGGUGGGAUACUCUGCAGUGUACAAAGUCUGUUUUGGAAUGGCCUGUUUCUUCUUUUUGUUCUUCUUGUUCACCAUCAAAAUUGACAGCAGCAAAAGCUGCCGAGCAUACAUUCAUAAUGGAUUCUGGCUUAUUAAACUCAUAGUUCUGGCAGCAAUGUGCUCAGGAGCCUUCUUCAUUCCUGAUCAGGACACUUUCCUCAACGCCUGGCGCUACGUGGGAGCAACAGGAGGGUUCCUUUUCAUUGCCAUUCAGCUCAUCCUGCUGGUUGAGUUUGCGCACAAGUGGAAUAAAAAUUGGACUGCAGGUGCAAACCAUAAGCAGGUGUGGAGUGGUUUGCUUGCCUUGGUCACUCUCAUGAUGUACUCCAUUGCUGUGGCAGCUCUGGUCCUCAUGGCUCUUUUCUACACGCACUCAGAGGGCUGCAUGUACAACAAGGUCCUGAUCGGAGUGAACGGUGGUCUGUGCCUCUUUGUGUCCCUGGUGGCCAUAUCACCUUGUGUCCAGAAUCGCCAACCCCAUUCUGGUUUGCUGCAGUCAGGUGUUAUCAGCUGCUACGUCAUGUACCUCACUUUCUCAGCACUAUCCAGCAAACCACCAGAAACUAUCCUGGAUGAAAACAACCGGAAUAUCACAAUCUGUGUACCUGAAUUCAGUCAAGGCCUGCACAGAGAUGAAAACCUGGUUACUGGCUUGGGUACUACCAUUUUGUUUGGCUGCAUUUUAUAUUCUUGUUUGACCUCAACAACACGUGCAAGUUCAGAGGCACUGAGAGGAAUAUAUGCAACAGCUGAAACUGAAGUAGCUCGUUGCUGCUUUUGCUGUGUACCCGAUGGAGAUGCUGAUGCUGAAGAGCAUGUUGAAAAAAGGGGAGGCCAGACUGUGGUUUAUGAUGAGAAGAAGGGCACAGUGUACAGUUAUGCCUACUUCCACUUUGUUUUCUUCCUGGCUUCUCUCUAUGUGAUGAUGACUGUAACUCACUGGUUCCAUUACGAGAGUGCUCAGAUUGAAAAAUUCUUCACUGGAACCUGGUCUAUCUUCUGGAUUAAGAUGGUCUCCUGUUGGGUUUGUGUCUGUCUGUACUUAUGGACUCUUAUUGCUCCACUCUGUUGCCCAACCAGAGAGUUCUCAGUGUGAACAGUCAAAAGGUCAUUUUAAGUUUUUCCUUUUUUUUUUUUUGGUUUUUUUUUUUUUUUUUGUUUUGGUGGAAUGAAGAAACACCUAUCACCCACUUAUCAUAAUGUACCAAUUAUUACCUUUUUAGUCAGACUAAACAAAUGAUUGAAGACUUUUUUUACCAUUUUUUAUUAUCAUGAUAAAGCAUUACCUAAGGGAACAAACCUGUUUCAAGCCUUUACAAUGUGUGGUGUGUAGAAAACACAGUUGUUGCAUAAACUGGAAUAAGUGAAAUGCUUUUCAAAUAACUGGCAAUCCUUCUUUGGCUUCAUUGACAAGAAAAGAAAAAAUAAUGGUGCAGAUACAGAUUCUUACUUCCCAUGAAUGUUUGGUAUCUUCUAGCAAGUAUGCAUUCAUUCCUUUUUAUACUCUUUCAUUAACUGUUUCUUUUACAGUUUGCAGUGAUGAUUUGAACUGCUGUUUUGUACAGCAUAUAAUUCUUGUAAGUAGUAUCCAGGUAGUUUUUUUUCCAAAAAUAUACCUAAAUACUUUCAUAGAAAUAAGAGAAUAUAUAAGAAUUUGACUGCCAAAGCAUCUAGUAAAAAUUGUUUAUCUAAGUGUUAAAUAUAUUAAGUUAUUGUAUACCUAGAUUGAGAAAGGAAUGUACCAAUGAUAGUAAAGUAUUUAUUCUAUUACUACUUUAAAGGCACCUGGAUGUUUUAAGCAAUUCAGAUUUAGCCCAGUUAUCAACUGAGGGGGAGUUCUACACAAAUUCUCAAACUGAAUUUUGUUGAAUUUUGCUUUGCCAGCUCACUCAAGCAUUGAUUAUACUGAAUGGGGAUGUGAGAUAAGGUACAUUCUUUUUUACAAUGUUUGCUACUGAGGAAAUGAUAGUUAAGGGAGCACUGCCAGUUGCUGUUAAAUUUGAAAGUGGGGUGCUCCUUUACUUUCCUACCCUGCUGUUUCAGCUUGUGUCUAAAGGUCUCCCAGGAUCUUCAGUUCAGUUUCCAUGACUAGUUUUAUAACAGUUUAGAUGCAUUGAAGGUCAGAAAAGGAUUAUAGUGUGACAUCAUCUUUUCUGCUUGUGUGUUGGUUGGAAAGUAUGGUUUCUAACAGCUAUAUUUUUAUACUCCUCUGUUGAUACUAGUUUUGCUGUUGGGAUGGGACUUAGCCAACCAAUAUAUUCAUGGAGACAGAAUUCUCCUGUAGAACUGCUAUUCCAAGCACCGGAGUAAGCAGAGAAACAAAACCAGAAGACACCAAUCUAACAAAGCAGCUGCCUUAGUACAAAUGACUUGACUAUGUUAAACACUACCUUGUCUUCUUUUUUUUCCUUUCUUUAAGCACAUGAUUUGGACAUGGAACAACGGCUCAAAUGCCCUGAAUGCUGAGUAAGGUUGAACCCACAUAGUUGUCUACAUUCUGGUGGGAUGAAUUUAUGACUUCAGCUAGUCCUGGAGGUUUUUGUCUUCUCUCCCUUGACAUAUAUUCACACACAUGUACCGUGUGAAGUAUCAACCAGUUUAGCACCUCUCUUUAAAAAAAAUAGAUGGUUGAGCCUUAAAUCUUCAUCCACUGCUUUCUGCAAAACAAAGAAAAGCACAGCAUAAAGGCCAAGGCGUUGGCCAAAAGAUUUGCAUGCCUUAGUUGUUCUGUUGCAAUAAUUAAUGGCUAAUACUCACCAGGUGAAUAAUCUUAACAUAGUGGAUCUUGAUUCUGGUCUUGUUAAAUUUUUAUCUGGCUUGUUGCUGUGGUAUCCCAGGGCUUCUGUCCUACUUGGAGCUUUCUAGGGAUGUGACCUUCCCUACCCUGUGCACUCUUAGCUGAAACAAAAUCUUCAGGUCUGCAGUUCUAUCUGCUUAUACUACCUAUCCCAGUAACCAGAGCCUCAAAAUAAAUCUGUCCUGAGAUCUGAGGGAAGGAGGAGUCUGUCCAGCAGUGACUGUCUUGGUGUUCUUGUUUGCACCAAGAGUUAAAAGUAGCAGUUGAAGCUGGGCUUUAACACUGAGUUAGAAAGACAGCAAAUAGCUCUGGAGAGGGAGGCAGGUUUUUCUCUUUUCCUUUGCUUCUGCUGCGAGGUUCUGAUCCUGCCAAGAUCUCUGCUAGCAUGGGGACUUGUCAGAAUGUUUUUGCCUGCCUUUGGAGUCUUGCUACACAGAAAAUGGCCUUUUCUGCAGCAUUUGUUAAUGCAUUUUCAAUCCAGAAGCAUUUACCUAUCCAGUCUCUAAGAUAUCCACUGCACCUUAUGAGCUGUGCAGUGAUGACCAACAGUUGUCCCACCUAACUCAUAGAAGCAAUUUUGACAGUUUUGAUUCAGUGCUAGAAUUCUGUGCUUCAACUGAGAUAGUCCAGGCUCUUGCUCCUGCCUUGCCUGGCCCCUAGAGGCUUGCAGGAUUUGCCUUCUAAUGCCAUGUAUGUUGUAUACGGAAACAAAGUUGGUUUUUUUUUCCCUUAUUUAGCCAUGUUUUUUGUAACAGAACAACCAGGGAAAGGAACUUUACAGAAGACAUGCACUAUGUCAGCUUUUAAGGCAGGGAAUAGUACCUGUUCUCUGGUUCUGAUAGCAGGCAUCCCAGUCACAAAUGUGGAUGAUCUUAAUACAUAUCUUGGCCCUUAGAUUUUUUUAAUUGUUUAUGAAAAUACUUACUUUAUGCAGUCUCUGCAUCAGGACUUUCUGCAUGUCCUUGUGCUCAUUUUCUAAAUAGUUUGUGUUUAGAGAAAUAUGUUUUGCACAGAGGAAACUAAGUUAUAAAAAGUCCACAGUGAGGUAUGACUCCAUUCUUACACAGCACUCACCUCACUAAGUUGCUCCUUCAUCCUUGCUCUUGAUCUUAAGCAUCUAGAUCAGAUACAUGUAGAGUGAGAAUAGGGCAUUGCCUGUUUACACAGUUUUGUUACUUCUGAUGAACUAUUUGGGGGAAAACCCCCCAAAAUAAAUAGCUUCAAGGGCCUGUGUGUCUGUGGUGCCACAGAUUCAGCUGUGGGCUUCCAGGCCUUUCUAAGGAAUCAGUAACUAGUGGCACCUGGGUGUGGAAAGCCUUUAGUUCCUCACCAAGACAAGGCUUCCUGCUGGUCAGGCAAAUGUUACAGCCUUAGUGUUUGCUGUAAAAUCUGUACUGUGAACUUCCACGUGCAACUACACAACAAAAUCCUCGGCUCGGGUCAAGGAAGUAAAUUCCCAGCCCAUAGAUUCCAAACAGUUCAUGCAAGUGGGCUUUUAAAAACAACUUUAUAAGAAGUGCCUUCAUGCCUACUGCUGUGAUAACUAUUAAUUCAGGUGGCACUAGAACUGGAAAACCUGGACUGAGUCUGAGCCUGGGUGGUGCUGCCUUGUACAUUACACUGGUGUGUACAAGGCAGUCAGACCCACAGUGUAUGUGGAAGACCAAAUAAUCUGUGCUUGACAAACUUUUGGGGAUAAGACUGCUUCAGGUAUUACUGUGCAGUGGAAAAUUAACCGGGAAAACUCACAAGUAGCCUGAUGCUUUUGUAAAUAAAUGAGUAAUUUAGCAUUUAAGCUGUAAACAGUUAACUUUCUUACCCUGUACCUGAGGCGGAUCACUGCAUGGUGUCUACCCUGCCUUACGCCACGAUUGUUCAUUGAAUUUGUUCCCAGAUGUAAGCGGUGCAGCACUUCUGGCUCCUGGUGGGUUUGGGCUGUGUGAAGUGAGGAAGUUUACAAAGGGAGCAAGACCAGAGAAUGUGUCCUGUGCUAAAUUUCCUCUAUUUAAAUUUGAAAUAAUGCUGUGGUUUAGUAGACUCUUGGAGGAACAGACAGUGUUGACAGAAAUUCUGCUGGGAAGGUGGAACAAUUUUAUUGGCUUUUUUCUACUUUUCCGAAUUUGCCAUGAUGAAGAUUAUUUGGGACCUCACUGCUGCACUGUCUGAAACUGGAACAAUUUUAAUUUUCCUUGUGAAGGCAAUCAAGAGCUACAGUUAUGGCUGGUUCUUGUUAUGGCUGGUUCUUGUUUGGGCUGGUUUUACCAGUGGGACGGACUUGGAGAGCAAAUGUCUGAAUCCAAAUAGCUGGACUAAUAAAUGAGACGAUAGAACUUUACUAGGAACGUGUGGAAAGCAGAUGGAAAUGCUUGUUUCCUGUUUGCCACAUAGUCUCUCAAAGUGUGCAGGCAACCCUUGCAGCUGGAUGCCAAGUAAGAAGCUCCACUGCAGUCGCACAUUGAAGAUACUGCAUGUUUGUGACACUCUCAGCUUUCUCCUGCCAGCAUUUCCAUGAGGCUCAAACAGCUUGUAUGUGCCCAGUUAAUGUGGUAAAUCCUGGCUGGGCUGCUUUCCUCUGAAAUGCAUGAUUCAGUGUUGCUAAUGUAUGCAUAGUCCAGUGAGAGGGUUUGUCCCCUUGCAGGAUCGUAAACACUGCAUGUCUAUUUAUUUAUUUAUUUGUGUUUUAGCACCUUCUUAGAAGUUUAUAAGUGCUUUGAGAUUGUAAGUUACGCAUCUGUAAUUGCUUUGUCGGCUACUGCUGCAGCCAUUUCUGGACUAGAACAUUGCUGUUAAUGAAGCAAUCAUUGCACUUGUGAAAAAGCUGGUUUUUAACAAUUAGAUGGCUUUGAUGACAUCAGGAAAAUUUGGGUACUUAAGAUGGUGCUGCUUGAGCUUUGGCUAGCAGCCCACAGUAUCAUGGGCAUCUCUGAACAGAUCAGCAACAAAGUAAUCACUGACUACUUCUAAACUGCGCUAUAAAAAUUUUAUAAGCUGCUAGGCUUUUCUCCUAAGUAAGUUGAAGCAAAAUACCCCAAGACUGUACCUAUGUAGCUAGUUGAGAUUAUGUGCGUAUGUAGAGUUGAGAUUAUCCACAGCUAAAAUUUUGCUCUCAUCUUUUCCUUCUGGGCUUUAGAAGCAAUCCCUUUUGCUCGCAGACUAUUUCACCUUGUUUUAUUUGCCUUUUUCUCCUUGGAUUUGUUUUUUAAAGUCAUUGAAAACCUGCUUAAUUCCCAGACAGUCUGCUGUCUGUCACAAAUACGAUUUCUUUGGUGCUAGAAACUAGCAAAGACCUCUUUGCCAAGUCUUACUGAUCCUUUCCUUUUCAUAGCAGGACAACCUGCAGCUUUGAAGCAGAAUCAAGGAUCAUAGUUUAUUACAUGGAUCAGUUUUCCUUUGUGAAAACUGUUUCUUUGUUUUCUGAAGUGGCCUACAAGUUCUUGUGGGAGGAAAACACAUAAUCAAUGCCGUGACAUUUUACUUGUGUUUCCAGUUUUGUAAACAGUAGUUAGAAUUCAGUGUUUCACAUGACUGUACAACAGAAUGCCAGAGGUCAAGUGCUUAGAAAGCUUUGGCUUUUUCUACUUGGAACAGGAUAUAUAGCUUGGGAACUAGUAUGUCUCUGCAUUUUCUACAUCCUCAUGGCAGAAUGCCCAAGUGCUGCAGGAUGGGGAUGUAGACACACUGCAGAGUUCAGAGCAGCAGCUUUGAGAGACUGGCAUGAUGAUUGCUUUGUAAUGCCCAAAGAAAUCCUGUAGGUAUAAAUCCCAUUUGUUUGGGGUUUUUUAUCAAAUCUGGAUUUGAUUCUUCCCACACCUGUUCAGUAACGUUGAUUUUAAAAAGUUAGAAUUUAUUUCAGAUGUAAGCCUCGUUGGCUUCCCUGCUGUCUCCGAUAGUUCCCAGAGCAUAGUGUAUGGAUACUUCCACAGACUUGUUCAGAGGCACAGUUGUCAGCUUUGAAACCACUCCAGCAGCCUAAAGCUUCCAGGGCUUUUGCUCACCAGAGCUGCAGGGUGCAGCACUGCAGCCAUGCUUUUGCCAAAGAAGCCUCAAUGUGAAGCCAAGAAGAAAGUGUGAAGCCAAGAAUUUUUGAAAACUAUGGGGAAAUAAUGGAUCAUUGUUCAUACCGUAGCUUUAGUUUUCCUCUUUCCGAUACAAGUCCAGGUGCUUAGGUGUCCUUUGGACAUCCAUGCAGACUUAAAGUGAGGAGAAUUAACUUCCAGAUAAAAUCAUUCUACUUGUAAUAUACAAGCUGAGAAAAGAUUUACUAGAAACAUAGGAGUUCAGUGUCUGCUUUUUCUUCACCACCAGUGCGUGGUGUUCAUUCUCAUAUAUGCCAUGUUCAAAAACUGGAUGCAGAACAGUCAAAGUGUAAACACAUUUUCUUAAUGGUGAGGGGAUUUUAAUUAGUCUUUUUCAAGGUUCUUAAUAUCUCAAGGGAACUUUUUGGUGUGUAUGUGUGAUUUUAUUUUAUUAAGCUGUAGCCCAGUGAAGUGGAGGUUUGCUAGUUUAUUUAACUUUUUUGCAAGUGUCGUGGUCUGUAGUAACUGUAAUAGUUUGACUUUUAUUAAAGAUUGGUAAAGAUUCCAGAAUCAUAAGAUCUUAAUGGUAAAAUAGUAAACAGCUUUGCCUUUUUAAAGCAUGUUAAUGGUUUUUAUGGACACUUCCUUUUGUAUACUGAGUGAAUGUAUUGUUAUAGAUUUAAUGUUUAAUGGACCAAUAAAAUUUUUCUUACAUUUGA